GAAUUUAUAAAACCAAAAACAAAACAAAACUUCAGACUUCUAAUUAACAAAUCUAAUUACAAAAAGAAUUACAAAAAAAUAUGGAUCGUAUUCGUUUGAAGGAUAGAUUGAAUACAACAACAACAACAACAACAAUGGAUUCAAUGGCCAUUGAUGAUAGUUCAAUGAUGGUAGUAACACAGCUUCCAAAAUUAUCAACAAAUUCUCAAUUAAUGAUGAUGAUGGACAAUCAUGUUGAUGAUAAUCAUCAAACAACUGGUUUGGAUUCAAAAAGAAAAUAUCAUUUUAAAGAAAAAUAUCAAAUAAAAUGUCAUCUUAGUGCAGGUGCACAUGGAAUUAUCUUAUGGGCAAUGGAUCGUCAUCAUUCAAAUUCGAAUCAUGAAAGUUCCAAUAAUGGACAUUCACCAAACGACGAAUCAUCUUCGAUGACCAAAUGUUCAAAAUAUGAUGAUUAUUUUCAAUUGGAAAAUUCCAAUCAACAACAACAACAACAACAACAAAAUCCUAUUAAACAUUAUGCAAUCAAACGUAUUUUUAUUCGUAAUCGUAUCAUAUCAUUAAAAUUGAUUCGUGAAAUAAAAUCAUUACAAUUUUUAAAAGGCCAUCCGAAUAUUAUUGAAAUAUUGGAUGUUUGUACAUCAGGUUCAACAAUAAAUCUUGUGUUUCCAUUACUGCCAACAAAUUUAACGACAUUAAUCUAUGGUCCAAAAGCUAAUCAGGUCGAAACACAUUCAUCUACCCAACAUUCAUCAUUAUUAACGGAUCAACAAUCAAUUUGUUUAUAUUUUCAAAUGCUUCUAAAUGGUUUAGAUCAUCUACAUCGAAAUGGUAUCAUACAUCGUGAUUUAAAACCAUCAAAUUUAUUAAUCGAUUGGAAUGGUCGAUUGAAAUUAGCUGAUUUUGGCCAGGCACGUUCGAUUGACUGUUUUGGUGAAAAUAGUGAUCGAAUAGAAUAUUCGAAUGAUGUUUGUACUAGAUGGUAUCGUUCACCCGAGUUAUUAUGGGGUUCUAUUCAUUAUGGUUUUGAAGUUGAUAUUUGGUCAUCCGGUUGUAUACUUAUUGAAAUGAUACAAAAAUAUCCAUUAUUUCGUGGUGAAACUGAUAUUGAACAAUUAAGUUUAAUAGUACGAUCAUUAGGUAAUCCAGAACCAAGUGAAUGGACAAAAAAUUUACCCGAUUUUAAUAAAAUACAAUUUGUUCAAAUUGAUUCAUUUGAUAUGGCUGUUGAUACUGGAUUACCUGGUUGGUUGGAAAAAUUUUCCGAAAAAACUGGUAUCGAAUCAUAUGGAUUAUCAGAUUCAAGAUUAACAUUAGAUUUAAUUUCAAAAGUUAUCCGUUAUAAUGAACGUUGGACAACACAAAACUUAUUGAAACAUGAAUAUUUUACAAAAAACAAACAGAAUUGUUUUGAAGAGGAAAAAUUUCUUAUCAAACCAAAAUUUAUUGAACAUUUAUCGGGACCACCACCACCACCACCACCAUCAACAACAACAACAACAACACAGGCCGAUAUCAAAGUAUGAUCGGGGAGGUUCGAUCGAACGAUAGUGACAGAUAGCCAAACAAACGACAAACUGUAAUCAUACACCUGAGAGAUAAGAAAGAAACAAGUGU